AUGGGAAAGAAAACGAAGAAAGCUGGUAAGGGAAAAGAGAAAACGGAAAAGAAAACCGCAAAAGCCGAAGAAAAAAGGGCUCGCCGGGAGUCCAAGAAGCUCUCUCCCGAAGACGACAUCGAUGCAAUUUUGUUGAGCAUACAAAAAGAGGAAGCAAAAAAGAAGGAAGUGCAUGUAGAAGAUAACGUCCCAGCCCCAUCUCCAAGAUCCAAUUGCUCGCUGACAGUCAAUCCAUUGAAAGAUACAGAAUUAAUCCUCUAUGGAGGUGAAUUUUACAAUGGGAAAAGGACAUUUGUAUAUGGUGAUUUAUACCGGUAUGAUGUUGAAAAACAAGAGUGGAAAUUAAUCUCAAGCCCCAACAGUCCGCCUCCUCGAAGUGCUCAUCAGGCGGUUGCCUGGAAAAAUUAUCUCUAUAUUUAUGGUGGAGAAUUCACAUCUCCAAAUCAAGAGCGUUUCCACCACUACAAGGACUUUUGGGUGCUGGAUCUGAAAACAAACCAGUGGGAACAGUUGAACUAUAAAAGUUGUCCAAGUCCACGCUCAGGUCAUCGUAUGGUCCUGUACAAGCACAAGAUUGUUAUUUUUGGAGGCUUCUAUGACACUCUUAGGGAAGUAAGGUAUUUCAAUGAUUUGCACGUAUUUGACCUGGAUCAGUUUAAGUGGCAAGAGAUAAAACCUAGACCAGGGUGCAUGUGGCCAAGUCCUCGAAGUGGUUUCCAGUUUGUUGUUCACCAAGAUGAGAUUUAUUUAUAUGGUGGUUAUUCAAAAGAACUCACAUCAUCCGAUAAAAAAGUAUCCGAGAAAGGAAUUGUUCAUUCAGACAUGUGGUGUCUUGAUCCUAGAACUUGGGAGUGGAGUAAGGUCAAGAAAAGUGGGAUGCCUCCUGGACCUCGUGCUGGUUUCUCAAUGGCUGUACAUAAAAAGAGGGCCUUGCUCUUUGGUGGAGUGGUGGAUAUGGAAAUGGAAGGUGACCUAAUGAUGAGCUUGUUCUUGAAUGAGAUUUAUGGCUUCCAAUUAGACAAUCAUUGCUGGUAUCCAUUGGAACUGCGAAAGGAGAAGGUGACAAAGGAAAAGUUAAAGAAGGCUUCCGAUGGAAUGGGCAGUGAUAUGAAUCUUGAAAGCAGGAAACCACUAAUGCAAAAUGCUGUUUCAUCUGAUGAAGAUGAAACUUCUGAUAAUGAUGAUGCCGACAUAGACAGUGACAUAAAAGAUAUCUCUGUUAAUAUGAACAUAAAUGUAACAGUUACUGAUAGAGACAAAGGUUCUGGAUUUGGCAAGAAAUUUGCAGUGCAAAAUUCUGUUCUACCAGAGGUAGUGAAACCAUGUGGGAGAAUCAAUUCUUGUAUGGCUGUUGGAAAAGAUACAUUAUAUAUUUAUGGGGGCAUGAUGGAAAUUAAAGAUCGUGAGAUUACACUUGAUGAUCUAUAUGCUCUUAAUCUUAGCAAACUUGAUGAGUGGAAGUGCAUCAUUCAGGCAUCUGAAUCAGAAUGGAUUGAAGCAUCGGACAAUGAAGAUGAGGAUGAGGAUGAGGAUGAGGAUGAAGAUAAUAGUGAAGAUGAAGAGUCUGACACUGAAGAUGACAGUGGAGAUUCUGGUGAUGAAGAAGACGGUUUGGAGGCUAUAGAAGGAUCGCGUGAAAUGGGGGAUGCUGUAGCAAUAAUAAAGGGAGAAGGGAAAAACCUCCGGAGGAAGGAAAAACGAGGCAGGAUCGAGCAAAUUCGAGCCAGCCUUGGUCUUUCUGACUCACAAAGAACUCCACUGCCUGGGGAAACUCUACGAGAGUUCUACAAACGUACAAAUAUGUACUGGCAAAUGGCUGCAUAUGAACAUACACAACACACUGGAAAGGAACUUCGAAAAGAUGGAUUUGAUCUUGCUAAAACUAGGUACAAGGAACUCAAGCCGAUACUUGAUGAGUUGGCUAUCUUAGAGGCGGAACAAAAGAAAGAAGAGGAGGAAGCACCAGAAACUAGUGGACCAAGAAAGAAGGGCCACAAGAAGACGAGCAAACUAGCUGCAUCCAAGUGA